UUAUUCCAUUAUUUGAUAGCAUGCCAUGGCCCUGAUUCAGCACAAGGUUUGUUGAGUUGGAGUAAUCCCUCGACAUGGCCAAAUAGUCAGGUACCUAGAGCAGGUGACUUUGUAGAGAUUCAAUCAGGAAUGAAUGUAUUGUUGGAUGUUAGUACUGCAUCCUUGGCACAGAUUUGGAUUUAUCCAAAUGCCAAAUUGAUCUUCAGUUCCACCAAUGGUCCAAUCGAACUAACCACUGGUGGUAUAAUAAUCGAAGGUGGUCUAUACAUUGGUGAUGACAACUGUAGAUACAAUGGAUCAGCCAUAAUCACACUUACUGGUAUCGAAGGUGUUGGAUAUAUUGAAAAGAAAUAUGAUAUGCUUCAAAAAUAUAUUGGAGUAUUGCCAGGUGGAAAGUUGGAAUUACAUGGUAUUUAUAGUUAUCCAAUUCCAACUUGGGUAUUCUUGACAAAGACUAUAAUGCAGAAUGAUACAUUGUUGACAUUGAGUCAAGAUGUGUCAAUGUGGCCAGUGGGUUCCAAGAUAGCAAUCGGUUCAACAGACUUUGAUUACCUGCAAUCCGAAGACAAUGAGAUCAUCAAAUGCUCCAACUGUGCCAAGAACCAACUGAUGCUCAAACAGGGUGUCAAGCACUACCAUUACGGCGAGAUCACAUAUGGCGUUGACGAGCGAGCUGAAGUCGGCCUCCUGACCAAGACCAUCCUCAUCCGAGGCCAGACACAAGACAAGUGCAAUGGAUCAAAGUUAUGCAGCUUCUUUGACUUUGACGGUUUUGGUGGCCACAUCAAGGUGAUCAAAGGAUUUGGAUCCGUUCACAUUCAAGGUAUCGAGGUCACCAAGAUGGGCCAACUCUACAAUCUUGGCUAUUACCCCAUUCACUUCCAUAUGUGUGGAGAUGUCGAUACUGGAGCAUAUGCUGCAUGGCCUACAUUCGUCAAGGAUGUGUCAAUCCAUCAUACAUUGUCGCGUUGUCUGACCAUCCAUGGCACGAGCGGAUUGAUUGUGGUCAACAACUUUGCAUUCGAUCACUAUGGCCAUUGUUACUUCUUUGAAGAUGGCUCUGAACAAAGGAAUUACCUAGACUCUAAUGUUGGACUCUUGACCAGGUUUGGCUACAUCCUGCCAUCUGAUCGCUCGCCAGACCUUUGUACCUACCUCACGCCCAAGGACUACAAUGGCUACGACCUGUCCCCUAUCACAUGUGACGCCGUGUCCACUUUCUGGAUCACCAAUCCCAACAAUGUGUUCAAGAACAACAUCGCUGGAGGCAGUGCCAAGGCUGGAAUCUGGUACCUCUUCUCCGACCAUCCAAGCGGGAUGUCCACAUCCAUUUACCCAAACAUCUUCCCGCCCUACACUGCAUUGGGCGUCUUCUCCAACAACAAGGCACACUCCAACACUGACUCGGGUAUGAAUGUUGAUCAAGCCCAGGUGUUGGCGACAGAGUCAAACUCAUCCCCACUGCCAACAAUGAGCAUGACCUACUCGCGUUACAAGCCAAGGGUCGACCCGACCAACCCCGACUCGGCCAUCGCCCCCGCCUUCUUCUACAAGUACGUGGCCUACAAGAAUAAGUGGAGAGGACUAUGGGCGCGCGGCGGCCAGAUCAGCUUCCUGCAGUCACAGUUUGCCGACAAUGCGAUUGGCGCCACGCUGGCGGCCGAGGGUGUGAUGCAGGCCGACCCAGGCACGUGGCAGAGCUUCAUUGGCUGCAAGUUCAUCGCCGAGACGGACAACAUUGGCUCGACAUCGAAUGGCAUCAAUGUGUACAAGGGCCGCACCAUCCCCGCGUGGCAACAGUUCAACCAGCGUGGCAUGGAGCUGUACGACGGCCCUAUGAACGUCCAAUGGUCCGAGUUCAUCAACUACAACUCUGAUGGCGUGCGCAACAUGUCGGCCAUUGGCUUCUUCCUGUACGACUGGUGGAACAUGGAUCCCAAGUCCAAGUUCCAGGGCGUCAAGUUCACCAACACCAACUCGCGUGUCUUCCACUUGCAGUCGACAGAGGAUGGCGUCAAGACUGAAGCCUUCCUGGACAUUGACGGAUCGGUGACGGGCACGGCUGGCGCGUCGGUCGUGCCAACCUCAUCGGGCUACUUUAGCUCGCCACGUUGCGUGCCCAACGAUCAGUGGCACAUGAGCACAUGCUACGAGAAGUUCUCCAACCUGUACAUCUACAACAUGGACAUGGCCAACACCAAGUUCCCAGCGGGCAAGGCAGGCAUUCUGAUGGUGCGUGACCAGUAUAGCAAGGACCGCAGCAUGACACUGGCGGGCGUGCCCAACUCCAACCCCACCAACACGUUCAUGCCGUUGGUGAUGAUUGGCCGCUCGUACACGUUGCACUUUGUUCAUCCCAGUCCACCCAAGCUGCGUAUCCAGAUGACCAACUUUGACAAGGGCGACUCGGUGAUCGUGGGCAUCUGCUACCCAACUUGGGGCGUCAGCUUUGUCGUGGAGCGCAAUACCGUGUUCACAUGGCACACGUACGUCGCCCCAAUGACCAAGGGCAACUCGAUCGCCGACGUCAACGCGGACCCCCUGGGCAACACCUGGUUCUACGACUCGAACAGCGGCCUGUUGUUCCUUCGCUUCACUCAGAACAACACGCGUCCAUGGAACUACUAUUGUCCAAAGGAGGGCUGCGAGUCGCUCAACAUUGUCGCGACUGGCUCGGGCUUGGGCACCAACACUGGCGACUGCACCAACGUGUAUGGCGCUGGCGGUAUGCUGAGCAACAUCAGAGAGCAACCACUUGAGCUUGGUGGAUGCAAUGGUGAUCCCACGCUCAAACUUGAUCGUUGUAAUAUCUGUGGUGGCAAUGGAACAUUAUGUGGUGGUGAUGGAAGGCCCAACUCAGCCUCAAGCCUAAGUCCCUCGCACUUCACCAUCAUCAUCUCCAUCAUCCCAUCACUAUUAUUGUUAUUUAUAUUUGUUAUUUAUUAA